UGGGUUUGUUUCAUUUGUAUCUCUGAUUUGUUUCACUGGUAGGUCAUCGCGUAAGUUGCGCUCUUGUCUACCAUCUGUUGCUAUAAAGUAGCUAACGUUUAAAUUUCCGUUGGGUAUUUUGUGAAGGAUCUGACCAGCGAUUUUAAUCAUGUUUCCAGAGAGCACCACUGGGUACAGCUAUGAGGACUGCCAGGCCACCGCUGACUGGCUUCUGUCCCAGACUGCAAUGCGUCCUCUGGUGGGCAUCGUGUGCGGUUCAGGUUUGGGUGGACUGGCUGAUGCGUUGAAAGACCAGGUGGCCUUCAACUACAAGGACAUCCCCAACUUCCCCCAAAGCACAGUGCACGGUCACGCGGGCCGGCUGGUGUUUGGCACUUUGAAGGGUAGACCAUGUGUCUGCAUGCAGGGACGGUUUCAUCUCUAUGAGGGUUAUCCCAUCCAGAAGAUUACGAUGCCGAUGCGGAUCUUCAAACUGCUGGGUGUGGAGACUGUGAUUCUCACCAACGCUGCUGGCGGUCUGAACCAGGACUAUAAGGUGGGCGACAUCAUGAUCAUCAGAGAUCAUCUCAACAUGCCUGGAUUUGCUGGAAACAACCCUCUGUCUGGACCCAAUGACGAAAGGUAUGGGGUUCGUUUCCCCUGCAUGUCUGACGCAUACGAUCGAGAGCUCCAGCAGCUGGCGCUCGACGUGGGUUUGGAGCUGGGUUACAAUGACUUCCUGCGAGAGGGUGUGUACUGUGUUCUCGGAGGACCGUCGUUCGAGACCAUCGCUGAGUGUCGCAUGCUGCACAAACUGGGAGCUGACGCUGUCGGCAUGAGUACGGUUCACGAGGUGAUCGUGGCACGGCAUUGUGGGAUGCGUGUCUUCGCUCUGUCUUUGAUAACUAAUAAGGCGGUGAUGGACUACAACAGCGAGGAAAAGGCCAAUCAUGAGGAGGUCCUGCAGACGGGCAAACACAGGGCGGAGCAGCUGGAGAGGCUGGUUUCCACCAUAGUCACCCGGCUAGAGCAAAACAACAAUCUCGCUUAAGACUGUUCUCAGAUCAGAUCAGACCAAAG